AUGAACAGAAGCUCAAGUCUAUUACAGGUGUGGCAAAAGCCAUCGUCAUCUAUACUGUUAAGGCGCUCAAUUUUCUAUAAAGGUUUAAUUUUUGUGCCCAAAAAGAUUAUGUACCCAACUUUCUGCUUCUGCAAGCAAAUGCAGACCACUGUCUAUGAAAAUGUGCAUGGAGGCUAUAUUACAACUGUAGUAACCAAACAAACAAGAGAAGUAAAGGAAAAAGCAAUAGCUCCAAUCGAAGCUAUCGGUGCAUUUCAGAAACUUCCAAUGUUUGUCAUUUACAAGGAAAUACGGGAGAGAUUCCCCGACCAUCUUUGGCUUGAUGUUGUCUCUAAAUGUGAUCUGCUUCAAGAGUCUCCUGUUGUCUUCAUCCCGGAAGAUGGUAAUGUCGAUCAUCUGGAGCUGGCGAAGUAUCGUGAGGUGGGACCUGAUGGAGCUUUACGUGUAUCAGUUAAGAGUGAAGUUAGUACUGAUGAGUUAAAACGUAGAGUGCAUGAUCUGCUGCUUUCUCAGUCGAUGAGGAUCAAGAGCCAAAAGAACAAUCAAAAAAGUCUUGAAGUCCCGAGCUAG